AUGGUUGGAGUGCCGCAAAAAUGGCCUAAAGAAUAUCCACUGUUUCUCAUGGCCAGAGCACUGCCGGAAUUACCUCUCCCAUGUUCAACCCCUGCCAAUCGUCUUGAGGUCAUGAAGCCAACUCUUGAAGAACCUAUGAGUGAAUCACUAAGAGAUGUUGAAGAUCUUUUUCUUAAGUUUUCUAUUGAUGUGGACUUCAAAACCAAUGGAGAGCUUGAUAUGGCAAGAAGGCAGGAGGAACUUGUGGAGAAACUCUCCCAGAAAGCUAAUUCAAUUUGCAAGCCUAUUGGACCUCAAAUCAACAAUAGUAUCCAAGAUGUUGCCGAUGAAGGGGAAAAGAAGAAGCUGGUUCAAGAAAACCAAGCCCUUAGAGAUCAGAUUCAGAAAAUGAGAAUAGCCGCUAAAAACCAGGAAAGAAGCCGAGCAGAUGAAAGGCUUAUAAGUGGUCUUCGAAAGAAAGUAAUUGAAGGACGGACGGAAUUUGUGCGGCAGUUGAAGAGAAAAUAUGAGGGGACAGUCACCGAUUUGAAGAGAAAGUUAACUACCCUUGAAAAUAAGGCGGCCAAACAAGCUAGGAACUUUAAAGCUGAAAGGGAACAUUGCUAUGCUUUGAUGUCUCAGAUGGAGGAAGAUAUGCAACAGUUGCAGAAUCAAAACCAUCAUGACACCCAAGUGUUAGAAGCUCGGAAUUAG